UGUUUAUAUUGAUAUGCGUGCAUGUCUUUAACCGUAAUAAUGGUUGUAAAUAGAUUUUAAAAUGAUAAUAUUUUAGAGUGUGCGCAAUGUUUGGAUACAUGUGUGUUUAAACGAUAUCAAAUAAGUGUUUAAACGUAUCAUUCUAUCAAGAAGAUCUGACUUAAACAAGGAAGUAAUUUACUUCUGAAUAUAAUGCAGGCUGUUUUAGUGAUAUUAUUGGUUUCGUGACAGAUGUUCUCAUAUGCAUAUAUUGUGACAACAAUAAAAUCAUAAAUUUACACAAAAACAUCACUAAUAUCGCUCUUGCCCAUUAAAGGACGUUCAAGUAUUGUUCACUAUAUCUUCACCAUAGCUGCAUUAACAGAUAACAUGGCAUCAAAGCAGAAUCAGUGUGAAAUAUGCUUUAAGGAAAACGCAGUUGGACAUUGCGAAACCUGCGGAGAUGUUGGAGAAAAUUGUGUAGAUAUUCACAAAAAAGGAAAGGUGUUUCAAACUCACACUGUCGUGUUGUAUGAGGCUGUAAAAAUGCAUGAGGAUGGUGGAGAUAAACCAAAUAUAUUUAUGCGGGACAUCACAGAAGAAAAAUGUAAGCAGCAUCCGACAGAGAGAGCUAUUUUUCUUUGUAAUGUGCAUGAGUCCAUGAUAUGUGGCCGAUGCCUUCAUUCGGAACAUAUUCCUUGUGUAAAAGAAGUUGUUGACUUGUUGAAGGAAGGAAUUACCAUUGACUGCGAGAAAGUCAACACAAUGAAAUCAUUGUUGAUGGAGGUAAAAGACGAAAUUCUUCUUUUGAAAAAUGAGGCAGAACAAAGCAAGGACAACUACAAGAAAACUGCAGAUAAAUGUGUGCAAGAUUGUAUGGAGUUAGGUAAUACAAUUAAACGACGGGUAGAUGAACUAACAAGUGGCAUUAGAGACGGGAUAACAGACAAACAAAACGAAAACUUGACCAUUCAUUCCCAUAUUUCUAAACUGUGUGAUGAGAAAACCAAGUGGUGUGACGAUGAGGACAGUAAAAUUGACAAUUUUGUUGACAAUAAUUUGGCUGGGCAUUUGUACCUAAUGAGCAGACAUUUUGAGAAAGAAGCUUCGGAUGUCAGAUCCCACCUGAAAGAAAUGAAACACAAACAUACUUUUAAAGGUUUCGACUUCAAAGAAAACAAUGUUAUUCUUAAAUGCCUGUUUGAGGAUUUGGAUGAAGUUUGUGAACAACAAGACGAAGUUACUGGGAGCGACGAUGGAAAUUCCAACGAUGUUUUUGCAUCUACCCCGAAAAUAAACAAGACCCGGCGAGAGCUCACUGUACUCUUGAAUCAGGCCAAAGACGAAUUAGAUAACUCAGAAAAGACAAGAAAGCAGUUCGAGCAAAAGUUACUGAAAGCGAAACAGGACAUAGAGAAAUCUGAAAACGUACAGAAGGAACUGUACGAUGAGCUGGAACGAGUGAAACAAGACCUAUAUCAUUCAGAAAAGGAACGAGCAGAUGUCAAGGCACAGCUUUCACCCCUGCAAGCAAUCAAGUGGACUCAACCAACUGGAACAAUCACAGUGACUGAUAAAUACCUUUGGGAUAAAAUUGAAUUGGUUUUUACAUUCCCGGAUGGCAUUCAGACGGCGCACCAUCCGUCCCCGGGAAGCUCGUAUAAAGGCGAUACGUUCACAGGACACUUGAGACGCAACACUGAGGGCGAGCUGCUAUGUAGGAUGUUAAAGGCGGCGUUCAGGACAGGGGUGAUGUUCAACUUGGGAAAGGACGGAAAAGUUGUCCUGGAUGGCAUUUCAUUGCUUACAGGUGGUUGGGAUUACAUUAAAUACAUACGUACCUUAAAAGCGGAACUGGCUGCCAAAGGUAUCACAGAGGCGAUCACAGAUCAGACAGAGAAGUUGGAAGGGACUUUCGCUGUCGAUGGUUUAUCUUUGCUGGAAGCUGCACGGAGUUCUUAAAGGUGCGGACAGUGGAGUUGACAGUGGUAUAACAGAGAUGUGUUUACGUUCUAAAGGACUCUUACGUUCAAAACGGUUCUUAAAACAGACGUUUAUUGUUGAUUGUCCAUGAUUUUCCUUUUGUAACUAUUGUUGAUUUUCUCUCUUUCAAUGGCCUUAUGUUGGAACAAAUCACACGUGUUGUUUAACGUAUUAUAGAGCGUUGUUUACUUAUACUAAUAUCAUAUAAGGCUAACUGUGGUUUAUCUCGGUGAAAAAUUAUUGUAAACAUGAUAACAAUAAUAAUCACAAGUUGCUUAUGUCUAUUUUGUAAAACUUCUUUCGAAAGUAAGCAAAGAGUGUGCUUUUGUAACAUAAGUCUCACACGUUUGUAAAUAUGUAUUUCAUUUUAAGUGCAACCGGUAGAAAAACUAACUUCCAUGCAGACGUAUACAUAUGCACUGCUUUGCUGUCGAGCUAUAUAUAAGUCUCGGAUAUAAUCGUUUUAAAAUGUAUUUGUCCAAUGUGUAUCAGCUUUACGCAAAAAUACUAAUAUAUAUUGUUUCAAUUUCCAAAUUAGCAUUUUGUUUUGACUUCGUGGUCACUAAUAUUACGUAUAUGUAGUUCUUAAAUAUCAUAAUAAUUUUAGUUAAUUUAUCAAAGUACUGCAGAAUAAGAUUUUGUUAAAAUAUAUGCAUACUAAGACCUAGUGUAUGGACGAUUACUCAUACUUCACCGACAGUGCCAAGUCGGUUACAAUGUUUACAAAUGACUGUAUUGUGAUAGCUCGUUAUACAUACUUUGCUUGAUAUUUGUUUUUUCGUUGAUCUGUAUGACUUUAAAAACGGUAUUGGUAACAUGUAAAGCUACUUGGCCGGUCUUGAUGUCACCACUUUAUCUUUUAAACGAUUGCAAGUCAAUUUAGAGGUAGCGUUAACAAUUUCAAUUAAUAAAUAACUUACUAUGAUGUAGAUUUAAAUAAAAGCGGUCAAAUGGCUAUAAAACAAGAUAGAAAACAACAACAACAACAAAUAUCAAAACAAAAACAACAACAUUAAUUAGCAUGCACUUUAUCAUAGUCUUUACCUUGUAUCCUUUCUUGUAUUGUAAACUCUGGUUUAGGUAGCGCUGCGAAGUGAUGGUCCGUUCUGACCUAACAUCAUAUAGUAUCGUACUGUAGUAAUCAAUGUACUAUAAAUGUGUCACUAUGUGAAUUAUUAACAAAGAUUUGUAUUGAU